AUGGCUCUUCGCGUUGCGCUGCUCCUGUUGGCGCUGGCAACUGGAAAGUCUUCUUCAAAAGAAUGGUUUCAAAACAUAUCUACCAGACUGUUCGACUUACCUGGAGAUAUUUUGAUCGGAGGCCUAUUUCCGAUCAAUGAUGGCUCCAGCAACCUCAGCGAGCAACUCAAACCAAAUGAUAUUGAAUGUUCAAGUCUGGAUCCAUACGGACUGGGGCUCGCCAUAGUGAUGAAGUAUGCUGUGGAUGAAGUGAAUGCCAAUCCGAAGCUGUUGCCUGGGAUCCGUCUGGGUUACAAAAUACAUGACACAUGCAGACAGUCCUCAGUCAUCAUCAGACCAACCAUCUCCUUUUUGACAGAGAAAUCCACAAAAGUUCUUUCAGUGCAGUGCAACUACACCGACUAUGAGACCAGUGUAGCUGCUGUGAUCGGCCCCAACGGCUCAGAAAUGGUUUCGGUGAUCGGAAAACUACUUGGAUUCUUUCUCAUGCCACAAAUCAGUCACCGAGCCACAAGUGACCAGUUCAGCGACAAAAGUCUGUACCCAUCAUUCUUCCGCACCGUGCCCAGUGAUAAAUGGCUGGUGGAGGUGAUGGUGCUGCUCAUAAAGGAGUUUAAGUGGAACUGGGUGGCAGUGGUCGGCAGUGAGGAGGAGUAUGGCCAGAUGGGAGUGCAAGAGUUCUCCAAACUGGCAGAGAAGAGCAAACUGUGUGUGGCUUACCAGGCCCUGAUCCCAGUCUACACAGACCCAGCACCAGCCAUAGAGGUCAUCAUCAACAACAUCAAAGCCUCAAAUGUCAGUGUCAUCGUGGUCUUCUCUUUGUCAGAACCUACAGCUGCUUUAUUCAGAGAGGUUGUAAAGCAUCAAAUCACUGGUGUGUGGAUUGCGAGCACAAGCUGGGCGAACAGAGUGUUUGAGAUCCCAGGUAUCCAGUCCAUUGGGACUGUUAUUGGCUUCACAGAUAAGAUGGAGAGUGUGGACUUGCUGGUAGAAUACGCACAAGCUCUGUUCAUGAAGAUCAGCCAAGAAAACUUAAAACCGACUCAGCAGGAGCAGAGUGAAUCACACAAUCCCUGUCCCCAGUGCUGGAACCUGUCUGUGGCCAACAUCAGCCUUAUGGAGCAAGUCGGAGUGAAACAGGCGGCUUUCAGCGUGUAUGCUGCCCUCUACAGUGUGGCAGAGGCACUACACAAGCUUCUCUUGUGCGAUGACAAAGCAUGUGACUGGAAACCUGAGACAAAAGUGUACCCCUGGAAGCUCUUACAGGUUAUGAAAAAUAUUUCUUUUUACAUUAAUGGAAAAAAGUUUGAAUAUGAUAACAAUGGAAACCCAAACAUUGGAUACAAUGUGAUCCAGUGGGCUUGGAACAACUCAAAUCUACUUUUUAAAAAUGUCGGAGCAUUUCAACAACAGACUUUGUCCCUCAACAAAUCCCUUUUCACGUGGCACACAGAGGGUUCAACGGUGCCAGUGUCGACCUGCUCCGCAGCCUGUGAUCCUGGACAAGUGCGUAGAGUCAAAGGGUUCCACUCCUGCUGUUUCGACUGCAUCGAUUGUCAGCCCGGAACCUACCAGGCCGACGCAGAGGACAGACAGUGCACAUCUUGUCCACGCCGCCAGUGGUCCACCGUACGCAGCACAUCCUGCACUGAUCCCACCUUUGAGGUCCUGUCAUGGGACAUGACAGAGUCUGUGGUGAUGGUGAUAGCUGGAGCUCUGCUGCUGCUGUGCCAGAGUGCAGUGCUGUUGCUGUUCCUCAGACACAGGAGCAGUCCUCUGGUGCUGGCCUCAGGUGGGACACUGGCCUUUGUGGCGUUGCUUGGCCUGAUGGGGGCGUGCCUGAGCCUGGUGCUGUUCCUGGGACAGCCCACAGACACAGUGUGUCGGUUGCAGGUGCCACUCACCUCCAUUUGGCAAACAGUGGCUCUGUCCAUCCUCGCCUCCAUUUCUCUACAGGUGUUCUUUGUGUCAGAGUUCCCUCAGCGGGCCGCCCCUCACCUCCAUACCAUCCGUGGCCCGGGCAGCUGGCUCCUGGUGCUGUCCUGCUGUGUGGCUCAGGCUGGUAUCUGUGGCUGGUUUGUGCAGGAGGGCCCUUCUCUCUCAGCCUACAUGGAGAAAAUGGAGAUCACCUUUGUGCGUGCGUUUCUGAGCUGCCCUGUGGAGCCGCAGAUUGGCUUUGGUCUGUUACAGGGCUUUAAUGUGGUCCUGGCCCUGGUCUCCUUCUUGUGCACAUUCAUGGCUGUGAAGCCUUUUCACCAGUACAACCUGUCCCGGGACAUCACCUUCUCCUGCCUCAUUUACUGUGUCAUCUGGGUCACCUUCAUCCCCAUUUACAUCGGGCUGAAAGGCAAGCAGAAGUCCAUUGUGCACAUCUCUUUCUCUCUGUCCAGUAACUUUGGGCUGAUGGCAGCGUACUUCUUCCCCAAGUGCUUUCUGAUGAUGAGGAACCCUGAGCUCAACAAAGCUGAGUAUUUCUGCACCGUUCUGGAGGGAGUUCCUCCAACUCUUCCUGAAGACGAGCCGCAGCCUCAAACUCAGACUGAAUCCGUCCAUUAA